AUGGCGGAUCAGCUAACCGACGAUCAGAUCUCCGAAUUCAAGGAAGCGUUCUCUCUAUUUGACAAGGACGGCGAUGGUUGCAUCACGACUAAGGAGCUGGGGACUGUGAUGCGUUCCCUGGGGCAGAACCCCACAGAAGCCGAGCUCCAGGACAUGAUCAACGAGGUCGAUGCUGAUGGAAAUGGGACCAUAGAUUUCCCAGAGUUUCUCAACUUGAUGGCUCGCAAGAUGAAAGACACUGACUCGGAGGAAGAGCUCAAGGAGGCUUUCCGGGUUUUUGACAAGGAUCAAAAUGGGUUCAUCUCAGCAGCUGAGCUUAGGCAUGUGAUGACAAAUCUAGGGGAGAAGCUGACUGAUGAGGAGGUUGAUGAGAUGAUCCGUGAAGCUGAUGUGGAUGGUGACGGGCAGAUCAACUAUGAGGAGUUCGUCAAAGUCAUGAUGGCAAAGUGA